AUUAAAAAGCAAUCAAUUUGUAGAUAAGUUUGACCGAACCACCAUACCUGCAACCCUAACUUUCUGUGGGUGCCUAAGUUUGAGUAAUUCUCAUAGACGAGCGCUUCCCUGUGUCACGGUUCUCUGACUGGUUCCUCCGAUUUCUUACUUUGUGUCAUUCCAUUUGUUAGUUUAUCUUUGUUGCAUUACGCUGUGUAAGAGUUUGAUCUCCUUAUGGAAGAAGUGUUUCCUCCGUAUCAUGUUUUUAUUAAUCACAGAGGACCUGAUGUCAAGAAAACCCUUGCCAGUCAUAUCUAUUAUGCUCUCGAAACGCAUGGAUUGAGGGUAUUUCUCGAUAAACAGGAAUUGCAAGUGGGGGAUUUCUUAACCCCUGCAAUUCAAUCUGCCAUUCGUAGUGCCUCCGUUCAGAUCGCCAUUUUCUCCGAAACAUAUGCGCAAUCCCCGUGGUGUUUGGAUGAGCUGGUAUGGAUGCUUGAUUCUGACCCAACUUCUAUUAAGAUAAUCCCCAUAUUCUAUGACAUCGAACCUUCAGAACUUCGUCAUGUGGAGAAGGGAGCAUAUGCCACAGCCUUUGAGGAGCAUAGAAGGAAAGGCAGGGUUACCGAUGAACGAGUGGAAAGCUGGAUAAAAGCCCUCGAAAAAGUUUCUGCUAUUUCUGGCAUCCCAUUCAGGACAGAGAUAGACGACCAUGGAGAGCGAUUGAAAGAAAUCGUAGAGACUGUAUUAGUAAAGGUAGGAAGGGAACAACUGUAUGUAUGUGAGUACCCUGUGGGACUUCGUGAAGCGGCGGAGCAUUUCGAAAAGGUAGUUCUGAGUCGAAGUGAAUCAAAGAGCACCCACGUUGUCGGGAUUUUGGGGCUAGGCGGAUCGGGAAAGUCAACUCUGGCUACUCAUCUCUACAACUCCAUGUGUUCCCAAUUCCAGAGAUGUUGUUUCUUGUCUGACGUGAGUAAAGAGAAAAUACCAUGUCUGCAGCAAACACUCCUCAGAAAUCUGCUGCGUGAUAAGAAUUUGUGUAUUGAGGAUUCGCGUAGAGGUAAGGCCUUGCUUCAAGAUCGUCUAAGAGGGUUGACACGCGUUUUGAUUGUUUUUGAUGAUAUAGAUAACACAGAGCAAGUAGACAAUCUGUUAUGUGUAAAGGAUGUGCUGGGAAAUGGCAGUGUGAUUUUGGUGACAUCUAGAGACCAAACUUUGUUUGUCAGUUCUAAAAUAGAAAUAUACAAUGUCAAAUUACUAGUUGAGAAACAAGCCCAAGAGCUAUUCUGCUGGUAUGCCUUCGGCAACGCCAAACCAGUCGACGAUUUGAAAGAUAUGGUGGAAGAGUUGGUUAGUAUGUGUGGUGGUUUUCCUUUGGCUUUGAAAAUUUUAGCCGGGCAGCUCCACAAUGAACGUGACCCAAGAAAGUGGAAGCAGCAGUUGAAAAGCCUCUGUAAACAACUGCCGGAAGACUUACUAGGAAGGAUAGUAAUGGAUAGCUAUAAAUCUCUCGACAAUACACAGAAAGAGGCCUUUUUAGACGUUGCCCAUUUCUUAAUGGGAGAAGACAGAGAUCUGGUGGAGAGGGUUUUGGAUGGAUUUAAUGAUAAUGGUUUUCAAUGCCUUCAGACGCUCCGUCAGAAAUGCCUUGUGGAAUUUGAGCUUGCAGAUAUAAUUCGUUCAAGAGCGUUACAGGUUGAAAGCGUGGAUUGGAGUGUAGGUAUUUGGAGAAGAGCAAAGGGGAGCUUCAAAAUAAGAAUGCACGAUUUAGUGAGGGACUUGGCAAGACAAAUCGGCAGAGAGGAGUCACCUCUUCGCCUCUGUUGUUCAAACGAUAAAAUGAUCUCCACACGGCUACGUUCUUCCCAUCAUUAUGGCUGGCUUGAUCGAUUGAAAGAUCCCAUCAUUAAGGUUUUUGGAAAGGUCUCCAUGUCAAAGUACGAUGUACGAGGAAUUCGUGGAGAUGAAGAGCACGAGUUGCCAGUAUAUUUGCAAAAUCAAGAUAUAAACGGGUUAAAGAUUCUAGCGGUUCAAAAUUCCAGUAUCCUGCAGCAAUUUAAUAGGGUGUCGGGAGACUUGAUAUGGCUUCGCUUGAGUUGUUUAAGGAAUAUUCCUUCUACUCUUUUACUGAGAAGUUUAAGAGUGUUGGAACUUCAUGGCGUCAGCCCUCAAGAUUUCUGCAACUUGUUUGAUGAUCGUGAGCCUCCUUCGGAACUGCGUGCAUUGGAAGUCGCAUUCACGAGCACAGCUGGACCAUCCACAGAUUUUGGAAGCGCAAGCACGAGCACAGCUGGACCAUCCACAGCCGUGGUCAAAAAACAUGGUUCAACUUCAGAGUCAUUGCAGCCUCCAAUAGCUAUUCCAAUAGGUAUUGAACAGAUGUUUCAGGCGUGGUUAGGAAAGCUGAAUUUGAGGCAUUUGGGUAAGAUAGUUUUACAAAAUAUUCGAGGCCUGAAGACACUCCCAAUAAAAUUUGAGGAAGUAACAAAUCUGACACAUGUAGAUCUAUCUGGCUGCAGCGAUUUGGAGGUUUUGCCAAAUUCUUUUACGGAAGAAUUAUUGCAACUCCAAUAUUUAGCAUUGCGAGAUUGCAGGAAUCUUGUUCUCCAAGAUUUGGGAAAAAUCUCCACGCUUGAGUACCUCAACUUUCAGGGUUGCUCCAUGCUAAAGGAAAUGCCCAAAGGAACUGAGGUUCAGAAGUCUUUAAAGCAUUUAAAUGUGGUCGAUACUGAGCUGAGGAAAUUGCCUGACAAUCUUGAACAGCUGGAAGAUCUGGAAGAACUACAUAUAGGGAGCUCGGGAUUGACAGAGAUGCCAUCUUCUCUAUAUAAUUUGAGCAGGUUAACAGAUUUGAGUCUGAUAGGGUGCACUAAUCUACAUCUUAUUGGCAACUCUAUUGAAAAGUUAGUACAUUUGGAAAGUUUCAGAAUAUAUAAAUGUGGAAUGAGAACGUUACCUGUAACAAUUGCACGGGUGAAUAUGAAAAUUUUGGAUGUUCAAGUUUGUCCACUUGAUAUGGAGCAGUUCCUGACAGGAGUCGAUCCAGGAAAUGUACCUCUGGAUAGUUCUCAGGUGCAGGGAAGUAUUGGUCAGAGUGCUCAUCCAAAUCGCCCAGGUUGUUUAACAGAUUUAAUCAUAAGACACAGCCGCAUUCAAGAGAUAGACAUUCCUCAGGCCGAAAGUCUUUUUCCCAAACUUGAAACUGUUGAUCUGUCCUACAAUCGUCUUUUAAGAAAGAUUGGAAGGUUACCAGACAAUCUGAUAAGUCUGAAACUGACGAACUGUUCAAAGCUGAGAAGACUGGCAUGCCUCUCUAACCUGGCAAGACUCAAAGUUCUUGACAUAAGCGGAUGUGAUGAACUAGAGACACUUAAUGUGGAAGGUCUGAAAUCAAUACAAGUUCUUAAAGCCAAUAGGUGUUGGAAACUGCGAAACUUUGAGUGCCUGGAUCUAUUGGACCAGUUAUCCUGUUUUCAAAUCUCCGUUGCAGCAUGGCGGAUGCCGUCGUCAUUUCCCAGAUUGCUGAUCAAAACAAUAGAAAGAGCUGGAGGUCGAGUUUUAGUUUUGAAGAAAUAUCGGACGGAGGCUUCAAUUUUAAUAGAGGAUGUCAACCCUAGUGGUGCAAUUUGGCUAUUCCUUGUAACAGAUAGAAAGAGCUGGAGGUCGAGUUUUGAAGGAGUUAGAGAAUUGCACGGAGGCUUCAUUUUUAAUAGAGGAUAUCAAGCCGAGCAGUGCAAUUUGGCUAUUCCUUGUAACAGAUAGGAAUUGUGAGAUUGAAGUAUCAUUCCUUGGUCAUACUUACAUCGCCCACCCAUUUAAUAAUUAUGCAUUACAUAUGCUGAUGUGGAGAAAAGAUUCAGAAGUGUUUAAUGACAUUAAAUUCUCCAACGAUGACGCAAGACAUUUCAACAUCAACGUACGCAAUUCAAAACUAUGGUAUGAACUUGAUGAGCCACCAUUCAUAACAGGACGGAUAGUAGAAGCCAUAAAUGGGCAGGUUUCUAAGGAUUUGUUUAAUUUGUUAUCAUCUUUUCAUAGAAUUU